UCUCAUUUUGACAAUCAAAAGUGCAGAAGAAAAUUGAAAUUUUUUUACUUCAUUAAUGAUUGGCUAGGCAUAAGGAACGGAAAAAGUUUAUUGGCAAUUGUUUUGAUUCACCAGUUAAAUACAUUUAAUUCGGGAAAAUUAGUAUAAUUCAACAAGAAAAAUUUGCAAAUCAAACAGUGCAACCGGAUAGAGAACUAACUUUGCUAUAUAUUGUGCGAGAAAUUGGAAAUCUUCGUAAAAAGUUACGAUCGCACAGCGCCAACGUUCACUUGACGCACGCAACUGGUGGGCAGCAUGUCGGAUAAUCCACAGAGGCCACCGCCUACAUCGCACGGCGAGGAGCUGGGUCCGCCAAUGGCCGACUUUAGUGCACCGCCACCCUAUGAGCUCGUCAAUAAUGUUGGCAUGCCACAGCAGCAGCAGCUGAAAAAUGCAAGAACUCAGCUACAACAACAACAACAACAACAACAGCUGCCACCACCUUAUCUACAGGUGUCGCUGCCACCGCUAGACUCAACGUUGGCACCACCGCCACCACCACCACUACCAACAGGCGGCGUUAUAAUGGCUGGCGAUAUGCCAAAAAUGCAAUCGGACGUCAAAUUGCCCUCAUAUGAAGAAGUGCAACGGCAGAAAUCAGCUAAUGGCGAAUUGCUAUUUAUGAAUGAAUGCGUGCUGCCACCGCAUAUACGUGACAGCAAUACGCCGACUAAUGGCGGCAACAACAACAAUUCGAAUGGCACUGCGUCAGCUCUAACAUUCAUCGCUAUCGAUGCAUCGGAUGCUGAAAAUUUGACCAGCAGCGAUGACAAUAGUCUGCUCGGCACCGAUGCCAUGUUCAUAUUGGCCUUUAUGGUAGCAUUUCUCUUCAAUUGGAUUGGCUUUUUGAUGCUCACCUGCUUUUGUCAGACAAUUGCUGCACGCUACGGUGCAUUGUCCGGCUUCGGUUUGUCGCUGGCCAAGUGGACGCUGAUUGUUAAGAAUUCCACGGAGUUGGCUUCGCAUGAGAACUCUUGGCUGUGGUGGUUGACCAUGGCAUUUGGCUUUUUGAUUUGUGUGCGCGCAUUCCUGCAGUAUGUAUCGAUUAAGCGCACUUGGCGUUUGCUGAGCACAUCAGCGCAAGAGCGUUUGCUAUUCUUCUACUAGAAGUGCGCGGGGGGCGUGUUGUUGAUACAGUGGUGCUUGGUUGCCACUUAGUGCAAGCACACAAACACCUUUUUAUAUAUACAUACUAUAAUUUUUUUUGUAAAAAUAUUUUCAUUUAGCUUGUUUUAGUUAGUUUGCCUCACCAUUGGUAUUAGAAUUAGAGCACUCGAGGUACUUAAACGCGAUGCCAUUUUAGUAGUUUUUUUUUCAUUUUUUUUUUGUAAUCCAAGCGAUUGCACGUAUAUGUAGCUGAAUAUUAAAUUUGUAGUGUCUACUUUAUAUGAUAUGUGUAUAUGUUUCCAAAACCGAAUAUGAAUGUAUAUUUCCGAGCAGAAUUGAGCAUACUUGUUAUUUUUACUAUUAUCUAUGUGAAUGUGUAUUCUAAACGCAGAUUGCAUACAUUGUGCAUUGCGUUUGUUUCAAAUAUAUUGGAAUUAAAUGCUAA